AUGUCUCCCGCUAUGGCCCAAGCCGGUGCCGGCUCUGCCGCUAAGGAUGUUAAGAGAGAAUCCGCGACUGCUCGUCUUCUGGGUUCCGGAACCGCCGGAAUUGCGGAGCUGAUGGUCUUCCACCCUGUUGAUACCAUCUCCAAGCGCUUGAUGAGCAACCAGACCCGGAUCACCUCCACCGCUGGUCUGAACCAGGUUGUUUUCAAGGAAUACGCCAACGCCUCUUUCGGCGGCAAGUUCACCUCUCUCUUCCCCGGUCUGGGUUACGCCGCCGGGUACAAGGUUCUCCAGCGUAUCUACAAGUACGGUGGUCAGCCUUUCGCUCGCGACUACCUCGCCCAGCACUGGGGUUCCGACUUUGACAAUGCUUUUGGCAAGGGUACCGGCAAGGCGAUCAUGCACGCCACUGCUGGAAGUUUGAUCGGUAUCGGAGAGAUCGUCCUUCUGCCCCUGGACGUCCUCAAGAUCAAGCGUCAGACUAACCCCGAGGCUUUCCGUGGCCGUGGUCUGUUCAAGAUCAUCUCCGAUGAGGGUAUGGGUCUCUACCGUGGUGCUGGUUGGACUGCCGCCCGUAACGCUCCCGGAUCUUUCGCUCUCUUCGGUGGUUCCGCUUUCGCCAAGGAGUACAUCUACAACCUGAAGGACUACAACACUGCUUCCUGGAGCCAGAACUUUGUUGCCUCCAUCUGCGGUGCCAGUGCCUCCCUGGUCGUGUCAGCUCCUCUGGAUGUGAUCAAGACCCGUAUCCAGAACCGCAACUUCGAGAACCCCGAGUCCGGCUUCCGCAUUCUGUCUAACAUGGUCAAGAACGAGGGUGUCACCAGUUUCUUCAAGGGUCUGACGCCCAAGCUCCUGAUGACCGGACCCAAGCUCGUUUUCAGCUUCUGGCUGGCUCAGACGUUGAUCCCCGCCUUUGGCCAGGUCGUUUAA